GUUCGCGGUCGAAAGUGUCACGUAUAGUUGUGGGCUGUGUUUCUGUUGGAGACUGGGAUUAUUUGUUAGAAAUGGACUGAUCUUGUAGAAAUGGAGAAGUUACGGGAGUGGUGAUAUGACUAACUCUAAUUCGCACGUCAACGGGGCGAGCUUGGAGGAUUGUCAUACGAAUUUCUUCGCUCUGACUGAUUUAUGCGGCAUCAAAUGGCGGAGCUAUAGGAUCGAGCAUGAGCUGAAGUCCGAUCCACUGGAGGAUCCUGUCAUCCUCUCAUUUACAAAAUGUCUGGCAAGCGACAUCCUGUCAGUGUGGCGACGCGUGCAGCACGCCAAGUCGCCGCCGCCGCCGCCGCCGGCAUCGCUGGAGCCGGGCGCGCCGCCGCCGCCGCCGACACCCGCCGCGCCCCCUACCGUCACCACCUACAAGGAGCUCUGGAUCUUCUGGUAUGGCGACGAACCGGAGCUAAGCAACGUCAUUGCUCCGCAGCUCUUCAACAGAAAACAAGACGAGGGCAACUGGGAGAGCGGCCUGUCGUAUGAGUGCCGCUCGCUCCUCUUCAAGGCUCUCCACAAGUUCAUCGAGAGAUGCCUGCUGUCCCGAGGUUUUGUAAAACUGGGAAAAUGGUUCGCGCAGCCAUGCUCCAAUGUGGACAAACUCCAAAACAAAACCUACAGCGCCAACCUGUCGUUCGCCUUCUCGUUCUUCGUGCACGGCGAGAGCACGGUGUGCGCCAGCCUGUCGCUGCGCCAACACGCGCCGCUGCGGCGCGUGACGCGCGCCCACCUCUCGGCGGCGCACGGCCACGGCGCCGGCCUGCCGGUGCUGCUGGCGCCGUACGGCCUGGCCGGCGUGCUCACCGGCCAGACGUACCGCCUGAGCGCGCCGCACACGCGCAAGCUGGUGGACGCCUGGCGCCAGUUCUACCCGAUCGACAACCGGCUGCUGGCCAGCCUGCAGACGGGCCGCGAGCCCCACUUGCCCGUCGUCGUCGAGGUGCUGGUCGGUGACGUGAAGAUGCGCUACCUGACCAGCUACGUGCUGGUGACGGAGCCGGAGGGCGGCGGCGGCGCCAUGCGGCCGCUGGGCGUGUCGACCCACCUAGCGAUCGCCGCCGACGACGAGCUGAUGAGCGAGGCGGUGUCGGUGCGCGCCUGGCGCCAGUCAACGGUAGCCAGCGGGCCGGGCCGCACCGGCGCGCUCACGCUGGGCGUCAGCGCCGCCGGUGACAACAGCCCCGAGUCGCUCGGCCAGUGGGACUUCCAGGAUCCGAUCCAGAAGCCGACGUGCGCCUGCGCCAACUGCAAGAAGAAGGUGCGCCAGAAGCAGCAGUACCUGAAGCGGCAGGAGAAGGAGCGGCCACCGCGCAUGAAGGCCGGCGUCUGUCACCGGCGCGCCGCGCUCUCCGAGGAGCUGGCGCACACCAUCGACGCCGACCUGGUGAGCGGCGUGGCGCGGCUGAACGGCGCGCCGCCGCCGCCGCCGCCGCAGGCCUACUACAAGUCGCAGGUGGCAACGCCAGGCAGCGUGCGGCCGGCGCUGACGGACGGCCUGCCGUCGGUGGGGCCCAUGGACUCGCCGGCGUCGGUCGGCCCGUCGCCGCUGCCGACGCCCCACUCGCAGCCGUGCCUGGUGCCGCCCGACCACGCCAUGCCGACGCUGUCGCCGCACCCGCCCACGCCCAGCGCCGCCACGCCCACGGCCAGCCCGCUGCGCGCACAGCUGCUGCGCCGCCCGCAGCUGCCCACCAUCCAGCUGGAGGCAGAUGUCGACAUGGUGGACUCGUCCAAUCUGUACGACUUCCACGACGUCAACCUCUGGCUCAGCUGCCCAGUGAAGCGCCCGGCCGAACUGCGCACCACCUUCCUGCGCCGCAUCAAGGACGAGGUGGACCGGUCCGAGCGCGCCAUGCAGGAGGGCGAGGCCGCUCAGGCCAACGGCGCCCGGCCGCCGAACGCGGCGGCGGUGCACCCGCUGGCGCGCGGCGUCAAGCGGCCGGCUGACCCGUACGAGUUCGACGACGAUCCGUCGGCCAGCGUGCACAUGGACGGCCUCAAGUCGGAGGCGGACGACGCCGGCGGGCCCAAGGUGAAGGCCGACAGCCUCUUCACCACCGAGGGCCUGCAGCCCAAGCUGGCCGACCUGGAGAACCUGUUCGACGACCACUCGGACGCCGACGACUCGGCGGCGCCGACGCCGCCCGGCUCCAACAAGCCGAACGGCGCCGGCGAAGAGCCGCCGCGGCCGCACGCCAAGACGGCGCUGCCGGCCGCCACGGCCGUGCUCAACAGCAUCGAGCUCUCCAAGAUCUACCCGACGCCGCCGUCGCACGAGCACAACCACAACCCGAGCGCGUCGCCGGUGUGCCACUACGAGGGCGCACCGGCCGACGUCGAGGCCGCGGCGCUGGUCGGCUUUAAGGCGGAGCGCAUGGACGACCGGCCGCUACCGCCCCCCGAACGCACGGACAUGUCGUACGUGUUCCGGCCGGCGGCGCUGAGCAGCUUCGUCAGCUCGCCCAAGUACGCGCCGCUGGAGAGCCUGCCCAGCCAGCAGUCGUCCCCCGUCAACCUGCCCAUGGGCGCCGUCUACAAGCCCUCCUGGCAGUACGGCCAGCCGACGCCGCUCGGCAAAGCGCCGCUCGCCGGUCGGCCGCCGCCGCCCGGGGCGCUGCCCGUGCCGCAGCCGCUGCCGCCCGGCCCCAUCCAGUCGAUGAACCAGAUGGCGCAGACGGGCAUGCUGACGCACCCGCCGGCAUCGACGCCGCGCCACGGCCUGUCGCCCUUCUCGCCGGGCCACUACGACGGCGGUCCGGCCUCGCUCAAGUCGUGUCCCGGCUCGGUGGGCGCCGCCUCGAUGGGACCGCACUCGCGCGCCGCCGCCGACGCCGCCGGCCUGCUGACGCUGCAGGCGCCCGAGGUGCCGGCGCUGCUCAUCAACGUGCUGCUGGAGGACUCGAUGCUCAACCUGUUCCACGAUCACAACUUCGAUAGCUGUACAAUGUGCGUGUGCAACGCCGGCCCCAACCGGGUGGGCAACAUUCGCGGCAAGGAGGCCGGACUCUAUAUCCCGGAUAGUACAAAGGCGGACUCAGAGGAGCCGGUCAGCUGCAAGUGCGGCUACAGCGCGGUGGUGAACCGGGCGCUGGCCUACCGCAGCGGCCUCUUCCUCGAGGACGAGGUGGAGCUGACGGGCGAGCGGCGCGAGGUGCAGUACGAGCGCACCAAGCCGCCGCUGCUGGCGCCGCUGCGGCCCGGCGAGCGCGUCGAGCCCGACCCGCUGGUGGACGCCGUGCCGCCCGAGCUGCUGCAGCUCAUCCAGGAGCAGUGCCUCACGUCACCCAGCAUGGUCAACAUCGUGCACCGCACGGCCUUCAAGUACCUGAACGCGGCGGCGACGGCGGCCGGCGCCCCGGCCGUCAGCUACCUGGAGUACACGGACGCGGUGAACGUGGUGCGCAGCGCGAUGGAGAUGUUCCGCACCGGCUCCGGGCCGGCGCCGCCCGAGGCCAAGCAGCGCAGUGUCAUGCACCGGUGGCCGUCCCUGCGCGCGCCCGGCCCGCUGUGCAAUCAGGACAUCGUGCGCGUGAUGCGCGCGCUGCAGCCGCACCUGCAGGACGCCAUCCAGAAGAAGCGGCAGACCAAGCUGUGGGAGUCGACGUACCUGGUGUCGGGCCCGCUGACCUGGCGGCAGUUCCACCGGCUAGCCGGCCGAGGCACGGACGACCACUGCACGCCGCAGCCGAUCCCGACGCUGUUGGUGGGCCACGAGGGCGAGUGGGUGUCGACGUCGCCGUUCUCGCUGCGCCACUGGGACCAGCUGCUGCUGGAGCCGGUGGCGGCCGCGCGCCACGUGGCCUACCUGGUCGUCACGCCGGCCGGCGACAACGAGUUCAUCGUGUCGCGCGUGCGCAACUUCUUCCGCGAGCUGAGCAGCACGUACGACUCGUGCCAGCUGGGCCGCCAUGUACCGAUCGGCAGCUCGUGCCCGGAGGGUGUGCUGCGCAUCAACCGCAACGCCGCCACCAAGCUGGCCAACCUGCACGUGGAGGACUGGUUCAACCACCUGGGCGACUCGCAGGUGGCCGCCAAACUCAAGCUCUACGCGCAGUACUGCCGGCACUACGUGGGCCCGUACCUGCAGACGUCCAUGGAGCGGGGCGUGGAGCGCGAGCGGCCGGCGCCCUCGCCCAUGCCGCCGCCGGCCACCCCGGACGCGCACGACCGCGCUCCGGCCACGCCUAAGAUGAGCGACGACGACAUGCACGGCACGCGGCUGGGCGUGGACGGAGGCGGCGUCAACUACGGCCCGACGCCGGGCGGCGGCGUGGCCCCCGGCAGCGGCGAGAUGCCGCAGAUCGUGGUCUACUUCAUCGACCCGUUCACGUACGGCGCGCAGCUGUCGGCGUUUGAGCGAUUCAUCAACGUGGCGCUGCUGCGCGCCUACCUGCACAUGCGCUCCACGCUGCCCGAGACCAUGCAGAAGAACAUCACGCUGCAGGUGAUCUCGCUGGAGAGCAUCCUCUCGCCGUGGCGCGACCUGGACGGGGCGCAGCAGCGCGAGCGACUGCGCUCGCUCGCCUUCACCGUCUACUCGCAGUGCAAGCGCACCUUCUGCGGCGCCAGCUCGGCCAACUCGCUGACUGGGUUCGGGCCGACGGCGUCCGCUGAGCAGCGGCUCAAGGGCCGGGAGGACCAGGGCGCCACCCUGCAGAUGUACAACCCGACGUUCAUGCUGGCGCCGCUGCCGGACGCGCAGAAGGAGUCGGAGGUGCUGACGUCGCCGCGCGACACCACGUCGACGCUGUUCUGCAGCUACUGCCUGUCGGAGGACCAGCGCUGGCUGCUGGCCGGCUGCACGGACGAACGCGGCGAGAUGCGCCAGACGAUCGCCAUCAACAUCCACAUCCCCAACCGGCUGCGGCGGCGCAAGAUCUCGGCCCGCCGCAUCGGCCUGCAGAAGCUGAUGGACUGGCUGCUGCAGAUCAUGGUGCAGUCGGUGCACCCCUGGCGCCUGGUGGUCGGCCGGCUCGGCCGCAUCGGACACGGCGAGCUCAAGAGCUGGAGUUCUGUGCUGAGCCGCAAGUCGCUGACGCGCUUCUCGAAGCAGCUGCGCGAGAUGUGCCGCCACUGCCAGCACCUGCCGGCUUCCGAGAUGCCGACCAUCCUGUCGGCGUGCGUGGUCUCGCUGGAGCCGGACGCCUGCCACCGGCUCAUGUACGACCAGUGCACGCCGGAGGACGGCGUCCAGAAGCCGUCGGCGGGCGCGCUGAGCACGCCGCACGACGCCUCCUGCACGCACGUCAUGGUCUUCCCCACGUCGGCCACGACGCAGUGCUCGCAGACGGCGUUCCAGCAGGAGCACAUCAACCCGCUGGGCUCGGAGCUGAUCGAGGAGGACCUGCUGCAGGCUAUCAACGCCGACGAGGACGGAGACCUGAUCGGCAACGGCACGCUGUUCGACGACCUCGACCUCAACUGGGAGGACUCGUUCGGCGGCGGCGACAUCGGCAGUCCGACCGAUGAGCGGCCGACGGCCUCGCCCAGCGGCGGCCUGCCGGGCCUCGGCAAGCAGGGACCGUUCUCCAACGGCAGCGGGCAGCGGGGCGGUGGCGACGAGGAGCAGGAGGAGUUCGGCACGGUACUGCAGCAGCCGCUGGCGCUCGGCUACUUCCCGUCCACGGCCAGCACGGGGCCCAUGCCCGCCUGGUUCUGGGCGGCGGCGCCGCACAUGCAGCACAACACGGCCGUCUUCCUCAAGUCGGCGCUGCACCUGCACUGCCAGACGCAGAACUCGGAGGACAUGCUGCAGCAGCCGUGCCACGUCAAGGUGCACCCGCUCGACUCGAGCACCACCACCGACGUUCUCAGGCACGUGCUGGAGAACUACAACCGGCUGUCGUGGCUGGCGCUGGACCCGGCUUCGCAGGACCGCCGCUCCUGCCUGCCCAUCCACAUGCAGCUGCUGGUGCAGCUGUACGCCGCCAUGGCCGCCAUGCUGUAGCCUCGCCGUGCCCGGCGUCCGGUCGGCCGGUCUCUG